UCAACACACAUGGUACAUACUUCUGGGACGAACACAUUAUCGAAGAAUCUAGGAAAUGUUAUUUGUCGACAAUUGCACUUGUAUAAUGUAAUUUGCUCGCGUUUAAUUCCGACAGAUUUCUUUCUAGCUUUCAAGUCCUUCAAAGGGCGUAUCGUCCCAUAUUAUCUGAAUCGCUGUCUGCGAGAAUUGCUGAUUAAUCAUUCUAUGAUCGAUACUUCGCUAAUAGCGCAUAAAUAAAAAUGUCUCAUACAAUACUACUAGUACAACCUGGUGACAGACCUGAAACAAGAACAUAUUCUGAUUAUGAAAGCAUUAAUGAAUGCAUGGAAGGUGUUUGUAAAAUUUAUGAAGAACAUCUGAAGAGACGAAAUCCAAACACUCCAACUAUCACUUAUGACAUUAGUCAAUUAUUUGAUUUCGUUGAUCAGUUAACGGAUUUAUCCUGUCUUGUGUAUCAAAAAUCAACAAAUACCUAUGCUCCCUAUAAUAAGGAUUGGAUCAAGGAAAAGAUAUAUGUACUACUGCGUAGAGCUGCAGGACAUGGAGAAUAAUCAGUAUAUAAAGUACAUGUAUACGUGUGUGUUUAAUAUAAUUUCAUAUAAGAUAAUUUUAAACAUCUAUAUAUUAUUUGUUGUAAUAAAUCUAUAAUUUACGA